CUUGAACGUUGCCUUCACCGUUCAGCGCGAGUCCAGGCAGAGGCCAGUCAGUCUUAUCAGUCUGUCCCCGCCGCUCGCGUUUUGGCCGACUUACCGGAGAAGGAGCCGCGGGACGGGUUUUGGUUUUUUAGGAGCGUUUUGCCGUUCGAGACCUAGAAAGGUGCCAAACGCGGAACGCUCGACGCGAUGUCCAGGCGCAAACUUGGCAGCAGACCGCAGCACCUGAGUGCAUUUCAAGAUGCCGCUGACAUGGCGAAUAGCACCGGCUCAUCCGACGACCCGACUCCUCCUCAUCCUCCACAGGUCCGAGCUCCUGACGGGGGUCGUGACCUGCUGACCUGCGGCCAGUGCAGCCAGGCCUUCCCCCUAGCCCAGAUCCUGGCGUUCAUCCAGCACAAACAGGGCGGCUGCCGCUCACGGAGCCAAGCCACAAACACCAGCGCCACGCCCCCCUCACCUGCCAACCGAGCACAACAGCGCAUCGCAAACGCCGAGCUGGGGCCGGGCUUCAUCGAGCUGAGGAGAGGGGCGGCCAGGGACAGAGUCUGGAGGGAGGAGCCUGGUGUGAAGGUGAAGGCGGAGCCCAGCAAAGCAGUGCCAGAGGAGCCGUCCUAUUUCACCUGCCAGCAGUGUGAAGGUGUGUUUCCAUCUGCAUGGGCGCUCUUACAGCACGCGCAGCACACACACUCCUUCAGCAUCUAUCAAGAGGACCUGGAGGGUGACACAGACAUGAGAGGAGUAGGAGGAGGAGGUCAUAAAGAGCACAAACCUGCUGCAGCCACUCUGGACCCUCGCCACCUGAGCCAAACUCUUGCCUCAGCCUUUCAACCAUCGGUCCUGCGCCUCAGUCGCUCUCGUCAGACACACACCAACUCCACGUCCUCCUCCAGUAACCUGCAGGCUCUGAACUUUUCGGUGCGGCUCAGGGAGCUCGCUGAGGGGAAUAAUAUCACCACCGGCAGCUCCCCCGGAGGCCUGGUGUUGUCUCCGUCCUCUUCUCCACCAGAAGCUUCUCCCUAUCCUCAGGCUGGCGCCCUUCAGGCCGACUUCCACUGUGAGCUGUGUGGCCACAACUUCCAGUCCCUGCGCGCCCUGUCAGCCCACCGCCGGACUCACGCCUGCGAAAGACCCUAUCACUGCGGAGUGUGCGGGCAGGCCUUCGCUCAGAGCGGCCAGCUGGCCCGUCACAUAAGGAGCCAUCACAGGGAGGCUGGAGGUGGAGGAAGUGGAUAUGAGUCGGUGGAGAUGGUCGUGAUGGAGGAGGAUGUAGGGAGGCAGGGGAUGAGAGGGAGGUUUCAAAUGCAGCCAGCUGGAAACAUGGGAAAGGGAAUGGUUGGUGCAGACGUGAGGGCCCAGGGACCGUCUGAACUGGACCUGACCCUGCCCAAACACCCCUCCAUAGAUUCAGGCCUGAUGCUGCUGACCUCGCAGGUUAGGCCGCCAGACAGGGAGCUGCUGAGGCUGUACCAGCGCCAGAGAGAGGUGGGAGAGGGAGGGGAGGAGGAGGCAGAGGGGCGGGGGGAGCCCCAGCACAGCUCACCCUGCGCCAGCCCCUCCGAAGGCUCACUGGAGAGCGGAGAGACAGGGGGCAGCGGUGAGAGCGGUAUCGCUAGCGGCAACUGCACACCCAAACGUCCAGAGAUGGGCGACAGAGUGCGAGGAGUUGGAGAGUGGGAGAAUGAAAGAGGGGAGAUCAUUGAGAGGGAGAAAGAGUGGAGCUCAUCCAAAUUCAGCGAGGCUGUGCAGGAGUGGCAGAGGGAGAAUGAGCGGAGGAGUGUAGCAGGAGGUGUUAGCAGUGGAGGAAACAAUAACAAUACUACUGCCGGUUCAGCUGGAAAGAAGAAGAAAGACGAGGCCUGCGAGUAUUGUGGUAAACAGUUCAGAAACAGCAGUAACCUGACUGUGCAUCGUCGCAGCCACACAGGGGAACGGCCCUACCGCUGCGGCCUCUGCAACUACGCCUGCGCUCAGAGCUCAAAGUUAACGCGCCACAUGAAGACCCACGGGGCCCAGGGGGCUAAGGCUUCCUUUCUGUGCCAGCUGUGCGCGGUACCCUUCACUGUCUACGCCACUCUGGAGAAACACCUGAAGAAAGUUCACGGCCUGAGCCAUGCCAGCGUAGGAGCAUACGCACAGGCCAGCGCUGCAGACACUUUAGCUGCGAUAAAAGCUGAAGAAGAAGCAGUGGUGGUGAAGAUGGAGGAGGAUGAAGCCAGUUUGGAUCAGAUGCAAAUGGAGAGCAAAAUGGAGAGUAAUGUGGGGAAGAGCGUGGAGGUGGAGGAGGGCCAGAGCCAGAGCCAGGCAGAAUAUGUGGAGAACAGAGGUAGUCAAGCCAUAGUGGGCAAUGUCCCACCUGAGAGCAGUGCAGACGUGAGCUCAGCUUUGACUUCUGCACCAUGAGAGCUGGUGUCAUUCACUGAUUGACAUUAAAAUAGCACUGUAUAGGAUUUAACUCACCCUUAAAAUAAAAAGAAGUUGUCCCAUCCUUGAACUGACAUUCGAGUUAAAAAAGGAAUCUAGCGAAGAAGAAGAAGAAGGAGCCACGGUGCUGUAGAAAGCGGCGGGCAGUCCCGACCUCUCUGCCAGCAAUGAGGCACAAAGCAGCCACGUUGUUCACAACUGUAUGCAAAGCUGCUGGCUGAAACUAGGUGCCUACAGUUCUUUAGACCACAGAGCAAAACAAGGCCAUGACAUUCAACAGGGAGAUUACCAGAGUUCUUGAACAGGAAGUGAACUGUCACAGUCCACACCGACACAGGAAACUGAUCACCAUGUUGCAGUGCAGGAUGCAAAAGACGAGUGAUUUAUCUCUCUGGUGACCCACUGGACAGGUGGUGACGGAUAUUAACUGUCAGAUAAUACAGAGAACGGAUUAUAUUGAAUAAAAAAGCCCAGCAAUAGAACGAUCUUAAUAUAUUUCCAGCAUCAACAGAUGAAGAGAGGUGAUAUUGUGCUACCUAGCUGUUUUCUUUUGAGAAGACCUUUUAAAGACUAAAGAUGUGUUGAACAGACACAGGGUUGAAAUUAAUCCAAACACUGUCUGCCUGCAGUUUCUCAGACUCCUCUCUUUAAAGGCGCUUGGUUGUCACAACACUUGUCACUUAACAUAAUGUUUACAGGGCUCAAAGGGCCUAGCAAGGUUGUGCUCUGACUUUGUGACAGUAUGUAUGGAUGAUUUUCUGGGUUUGUUUUUUUCUAAUUUUUAUAAAUGUGAAUGCAGAGACUUUAAAGUCUCACUU